GAGUGGGCUGCUAUUCUUCACACAAAGAGACGAGUAGAUGCUACCAAGCUAAAGGGAAAUAAAAAAUGGACCAAAAAAGGAUUAAGGCCAUUUCCCUUUUUAUUCUGUUUCAAAACAUUGUUUCAGUGCAUGGUGAGGUCCUUACACCUAAAGAAGGAGAGAAGGUUCAAAUUCAUUGUAAACCUCCAAAAGCAUCACCCACUAUCAUGUGGCUUCGGGUCGUGGACAACGGCGUGGAAUUCAUUGCAUCUUAUCACUCAUCUGGCAUGAUAAAGAAGGAAAGUAUGUUGGACAAAGAAAUCUACAGCGACUCAAAGAUGAGGACCGAAAAAAUACUUUCAAUCAAAAAGUUCAACUCACAACGAGACAGAGGUGUUUACACCUGCGCUGGGUUGACUUCCAAUGUACUCACAAUUGGAAAUGUCACAAGACUUCAACGGGUUGUAUCAGUGACCCCAGCAGCCGCUGUGCCUGCCGCCAACACAAAGACGCCUUCCACUCCAAUGGUCUGCACUUGCAACAUCAAAACCGAGGAAGUCUUGAGCAUCUGGGACUGUAGCCCCAUCAUUCUGGGCUCCUUGGCUUGUGGUUAUGGCUUUAUCAUCUUGCUCUUCGUCAUCACAAUUGUCUACUGCAACAGGAUAAGGACAAGGCGUUGCCCGCAUCAUUAUAAAAGGCAAAAACAACGGCGGAAGGUUGAAGGAGGACGUGCGAUGGAAAACUGAAUACGUUUUGAAGUUAAUUUUAAGUCCAUUUUAAAUUGCUGCUCCUAUUCUCACGUGUAAUCUAAAAAUAAUUGGUUUUAAUCAAACAGGGAAUGUAGAAUUAUUCUCUUUAUACUCAAAAUAUUAAAUGCUAGUUGACUAAUGACUUGGUAAACAAGAGAAAUGGUUCAACUUUGCUCGUAAACAUAUACCGUAAUAUUUCCAUCCUUAAAAUAUUAAUAUUUAAGAAAUCAAUGUAGUUGAUGAUUUAGAACUUAAUCAAGUUAAUCAAGUAAAACCAGGGAAGAAAUGUGAAAAAUACAAUUUCAUGAACCAAUUUCCAUUUUUUGUAUUUUCUCUUUUUAUUUGUCAACUAUAGCAACGAGUAAAAAAUAAGGACCCAUUUUUCAGUCCUAAACUGAUCUCCCAGAUUAUUGCCAUUUUAAUAAUGUAACAAAUAGGCCUACUAGAUAAUCAUUUUUUUCAGCACUUUGUCAAUGUGAAAUUAUCAAUAUUUGUAUUGGAUUUCAACUUAAAUAUUGUAUCCAACCAUUUCUUAACUUAAUAUCUAUUGUCUUUUUCAAUAAACUUUUGGAUUCCCCGCUUGUAAAUAAAACGUACAAAAGCUACAACUUGUGAGAACAAAUGUUUAUUCUUAUAUUUUCAAACACAUACAUUUGGUUUUAUGCACAUCAAACCCACGUUUUUGAAAUCCCAUCAUCAGUCAUCCAGAGGUGUGGCACAGAAUUGUAAAGGUUUUAGACAGAAAGUUUAAGCAAGGAUAAUUGAAACUGAAGCCCCCACGAGUCAAAAGGAAGUGGGCUUAUAGAAAUAUGCACAGUGAAAUACCACGGAGCCCAAAGACAAAGAGACCGUAUACCUGCUGGGUGUACUGCUAUUUCCCUGCACAAUAAAAACAGCAUACUCUAUCCUGUCGCUAAAAUAUAUUUGGCAUUUGUUCAUACCAUUUUUUCUUUUAGCAUACAAAUUUUUUUGGGGGGGGGGUGUAUUUUAUUGAUUCGUUUUUAUUUUGGGGAGCAUGGAGCCUAUUUUAGAGUGGGAAACUAAUGCUGAAUCUAAAUUAGUAAAUCUGAAUCGUUUUUUUGCAAUUGUGUAUGUGUCUGGAUUAUAUAAUGACAUCUAAUCCAGACACAGAUCCAGCAUUAGUUUUCCCUUCUAUAAUACCCUCCAUCUUUCUCAACAUAUCGUUUUCCCUGGAGAAGCCGGUUUAAACUGACAUAUUCGACAAGGAACCUCCUGAACAUCAGCUGGGAUUGGACCCAGUGAACGAUACAGUGGUGGUAUAUUAACAACAACAUCUCUCCCUUUACUACAGUAUAAAAACUAAGGCAGUGUGUAGAGUUUCUAACUACCUUGGUUCUAAGUGCACUUUUGAAUACAGAUAGGAUUUUACUCCAAAGCAGUAUACACACACACACACACACACACACACACACACACACACACACACACACACACACACACACACACACACACACACACACACACACACACACACACACACACACACACACACACACACACACCUCUCACGGGAUAUUAUUGCUUUACAGAAAAUGAACAGCAUUCACACAACGUUCUCAGGAACAGAAUCAAGCAGACCACAUCCUGUAAACCCUUUUUUUUUUUCAUAAAUUUGUCUUUAAUAUUGUAAACUAAAUGUUAUCCAUCAAUAUAUUUAAGCAAAGUAAGCUGUACACUAGUGUCUCAAUUGCGUUCAACCACAUAAUAACUGGGCUACUUGGCUGUGCGCAUUCAGGUUGCACACCCUAUACACACCACUAGAGGCCACUCUCUCACCCCAGCUGAAGGCUCUUACCGCCCCCUCUCUGACAUGGAGACUUCGCCGCAUCACCAUGGCAUCGAGGCGCUUUAGUUUGUUUUUGGUGGCACCAGCAGCUGUGGUGCCCGGUCCCAAUGCUGAUGGGCAUCGCCUGACUUUGUAUAGAUGGACCGACAGACGAUCAAAACAUUUUUUUGUU